GUCCUGCCCCUGAGGGUGGAACCUUGUCUGGGCUGGCUCCCGUUUUCAGCUCUUUGCCCUGUUUUCCCUUCCGGGAGUGCCUUUAAUUGAAGCAGACCAUGCUGAGAACUUGCUUCGCUUCCUAGUGCUCGGCCCCUCCAUCCAGUCGACAUAAGAAUGGUGCUGGAACUCUACCUGGACCUUCUGUCCCAACCCUGCCGGGCUGUCUACAUCUUUGCCAAGAAGAACAACAUUCCCUUUGAGCUAAAAAAUGUGGAGCUCUUCAGAGAUUCUAUCCUGGGAACCAAGGUACCUGGACCAAAUGCCGAAGGGGGGGCAACACCCCCAUCAGGUUCACAGAGCAAGGUGAGCACGAGGGUGAAGAAAGUUCCUAUCUUGAAGGAUGAGACUUUCAUCUUGGCAGAAGGCACGGCCAUCCUUCUGUACCUGAGUCGCAAGUACAACACCCCAGAUCACUGGUACCCAUCUGACAUACAGAAACGAGCAAAGGUGGAUGAAUACCUGUCAUGGCAUCAGGCUAGCAUUCGAUCCAAUGCUCCCAAGACAAUGUGGAUUAAGGUGAGGGAUUUCAGGGGGAUUCUGUUUGAUCUGAGCUCUCUUGCAUUGGAAGCCUUUGGUUAUGCUAGUGCCUUCCUCUUGCCAGAUUCUAUCCUGGGAACCAAGGUACCUGGACCAAAUGCCGAAGGGGGGGCAACACCCCCAUCAGGUUCACAGAGCAAGGUGAGCACGAGGGUGAAGAAAGUUCCUAUCUUGAAGGAUGAGACUUUCAUCUUGGCAGAAGGCACGGCCAUCCUUCUGUACCUGAGUCGCAAGUACAACACCCCAGAUCACUGGUACCCAUCUGACAUACAGAAACGAGCAAAGGUGGAUGAAUACCUGUCAUGGCAUCAGGCUAGCAUUCGAUCCAAUGCUCCCAAGACAAUGUGGAUUAAGGUGCUGAUCCCUCUCUUCACGGGCCAGCCACUCUCUCCAGAGAAACUGCAAGAGGUCAUGGAUGGGCUGGCUGCCUCCUUGGAUCAGUUUGAGGAGUUGUUUCUCCAGGACAAGCCUUUCCUGGUGGGAAGUGAAGUCUCUCUUGCAGAUCUGGUGGCCGUUGUUGAUCUCAUGCAGCCUGUGGGCGUAGGAUGUGACAUUUUUAAGGACAGGCCCAAACUGGCAGAGUGGCGCAACAGGAUGGAAGAAGUUGUUGGAAAGGAGCUCUUCCUACAAGCACAUGAAUUGAUCCUGAACAUUAGAAAACUGAGCACCAUCCAGAUUGAUCCACAGCUGAAGGAGCAGCUGGCCCCUGUUUUGUUAAAGAUGCUGAAAUGAAUUUAAAAAAUUCAAAAGAGAAAAUGUAGUGGCUAAUCAUGUUUCCAUCUUUGGA